AUGCUGCGUCUGGCUGCUUUUGCAGCACUGCUGCUGUUCUUCAGGGUCAGCCUGGAGCUGUCCUGGGCUCAGGCCAUCCCUGCUCUCUUCAUCUUCUACCUGGGAUCUGGCGGAUGGGACUUCUUCCUCAUAUUCAUCAAGACAAUACGAAGGGACGUCACCACGGGGCUGGUCCUGUUGCGGGUGAAGUGGCAGGUAUGGAGGCAUGUGAGGGAGAAGAACACAAUUGCCAAGAUCUUCCAGAAGACUGCGAGCAAGUAUCCAGAGAAGACAGCUCUGAUCUUCCAAGGCACAGGCGAGAGCUGGACCUUCCGGCAGCUGGAUGAGUACUCCAACAGGGUGGCCAAUUUUUUCCAUGGCCAAGGCUUCCGCUCUGGUGACGUGGUUGCUCUUUUCAUGGAGUCCCGCAAUCAGUACGUGGGGCUGUGGCUUGGCUUGGCCAAGAUUGGGGUGGAGACUGCCCUCGUGAAUUCCCACCUGCGCAUGGAGGCCUUACUGCACUGCAUCACUAUCUCCAACUCCAAGGCUGUGGUUUUUGGGGUAGAGAUGAUGGAAGCAAUGCAGGAAGUGCAGCCCUCCCUGAAGAAGUCUAUCCAUCUCUUCUGGUCCGGGGAAGGAAGUCCCGAGUCUGUGCUUCCUGGUGCAAAACACCUGGACCCCCUGUUGCAAACGGCCCAGCAGCACCAGCCAACCCCUCCUGAUAAGGGAUUUCUUGAUAAACUCUUCUACAUCUACACCUCUGGCACAACAGGGCUGCCCAAGGCUGCCAUUGUGGUGAACUGCCGGUACUUCCGCAUGUCCAGCUUAGUUUUUUACGGUUUUCGCAUGAGGCCCGAUGAUGUGAUGUACGACUGUCUCCCGCUCUACCAUGCUGCAGGGAACAUCGUGGGGGUCGGGCAGUGCCUGCUGCAGGGCAUGACGAUUGUCAUCCGCAAGAAGUUCUCGGCCUCGCACUUUUGGGAGGACUGCGUGAAAUACAACUGCACGGUGAGGCCAUGAGGCAAGGAGCCAGCUGGGACUGGGGAAUUGUGCAGUACAGAAAAAAAAACCCCCCAGCCAUGCCAGGAGGUGGAGCGGCAGCACCGGGUGCGCAUGGCGCUGGGCAACGGGCUGCGUGCCUCCAUCUGGCGGGAGUUUAUGGCCCGCUUUGGCAUCGCCCAGGUGGCUGAGUUCUAUGGGGCCACUGAGUGCAACUGCAGCCUGGGAAACUUUGACAACAACGUUGGGUCAUGUGGCUUCAACAGUAGGAUCCUACCAGGUGUGUACCCCAUUGGUUUGGUAAGGGUGGAUGAAGACACCAUGGAGCUGAUCCGGGGGCCAGAUGGUGUCUGUAUCCGCUGCAAACCAGGGGAGCCAGGGCAGCUGGUAGGCCGUAUUGUCAAGAGCAACCCCUUGCAGCACUUUGACGGCUACCUGAAUCAGUCAGCCACCAACAAGAAAAUCGCCAGGGAUGUGUUUACAAAAGGGGAUGCUGCCUAUCUCACAGGGGAUGUCCUAGUGAUGGACAAAUACGGCUACAUGUACUUCCGGGACCGCACUGGGGACACAUUCCGCUGGAAGGGGGAGAAUGUCUCCACCACAGAGGUGGAGGGGACGCUGAGCCGCAUCCUCAACCUGACAGACGUGGUGGUUUAUGGGGUGGAGAUCCCAGGGAUUGAAGGGAAGGCAGGAAUGGCAGCCAUCGCCGACCCGGAAAACUCCUGUGACCUAGAAGGCUUUGCCAGUGAGCUAAAAAAGGCCCUGCCACUGUACGCACGGCCCGUCUUCCUGCGGUUCCUGCACGAAGUCUCCAAGACAAGCACUUACAAGUUCCAGAAGAUGGAGCUGCGGAAGCAGGGCUUUGACCCUUCGCUGGUGAAGGACAGGUUGUACUUCCUGGACUCCAGGCAAGGCCGCUACCUGCAGCUGGACCAGGCAGCGUUCGGCAGGAUCCAGUCAGGACAGCAGAAACUGUAACUGGUGGGGCUCAAGCAAGGCACCUCCCUGAAACCUGCUGGGGAGAGGGGGGCAAGGCAGGCACUGGGGAGGAAAAGGUUCAAGGAGUGAUAUAAAGGCACACUAGAGAUUUUAUUUGACAAGUUUUACAGAUAAUGGUUUGGGGGGAACACAGAGGGGACCAAGGGGAGGGGGAUGGUUACAUACCAAAGCAUAGACUCAUUAUGGCUUUAUUUUCUAUUUGGUACAGCGGUGGUGGUCCCAUGCCAUGGGAGGGGCAGGGCCCCGGCCAGUUGAGGAGGGGUGGGGUGCCUCUGCCAUUCCACUUUGCUUUUCCUAUCUUUCCCUCCCUUUUCCUGCCUGCAGCAACCCUUCCUUGUGAAGGCCAUUGAAGGGACCAGUGCUGGGCUCUUUCCCCACUCCUCCACCAAGCAGCCAGCUCCUCCUUGGCACAGGGCCCCCGCUGGCAGAGGGAAGCUGGGUACCAGGCGCAACCCCUGCCCCCUGCGUGGCCCUGCUGGUGUGUUUCUGCUGUGAAUCAGGGGAGCAGGGUAGUGCUGGGCUCAGGAGAGGGCCAGGGAUGUGUUUCUGCCAUGCCUUGCUGUCUCCUGGGAUGACAUUUCUAUUUUUCACAAUCACACGCACAUUAUAUAUAUUAUAUUAUAUAUAUAUAUAUUAUACACGCUGACUU